GGAUGCAUUGUAGAGAGGUUUUUCGUUCAAGAACAUUGUCGCCGCUCUUUUCGUAAUCAGUGUUCAACUUUUGGCGCGUACAUAAGACGACGCAUACGGAUUGCCACUUCCGUUUCCACACGCCGUUUCUCCAACAACGCUGCACCGUUUUAUUACUAGCUAGUAAACAAAACCGCACCUAAUGGGUAUGCAUGACUAGCUGAGUGACGACCCGGCUGGCCGGCCCGGCCGUGUCAAAACCAAGACGCCGCAACGCUCACGUGCGCUCACAUGUGCACGGGGACUUUUGGGGGAACCGUGGCGCGUACUUCAUUGUGCAGUACUGCGAUUGUACCCAGCUGUGCUCGCAUAAGUGCUGUUGGUCAGUGUAACUUAAUUUACCACUGAUUUUGUGGUAUUAUUCCAACUCGCGGCGCCCAGAGUCUCUGACAUUCUAUCGUGAACUACAGGGGACAGACGAUCCUCACGUUUAUCCAGGAUGGAACAGGCAUUUUUGCACGUGCUUUCUACACCCUCCUGCACGAGCCAGAUUUCGCAGUCACACAACUUAUAGUAUUUCGCCACGUAAAAGGGCUUCGUUUUUUCGAACGCAUGGUCAAAAACGAAAGACCACAGCAAGGGAGGCUUUGUCUCCCCUUUGCAUCGUGCCCUAGCAACAACCUUUGUUCAGCUAAUUCUCCCUUCAACUGUGCAAGACCAAUGAAGGAAGCUUGACUAACCAUGGACACUGUGCCAAACGAGGUGCUGCUGCCCAUUCUGGCACUUGUGGAUGGUGCAAGUCUUGUCAGGUGCAAGCGUGUGUGCAAGCGGUGGCAGGCACUGGUGGAGGCAAUCCUACAACACAGCCAUGUUCUUUGGAAAAUGAUAUGCCAGUCAGAAAUUGACCCUGAGGUGCUGCCCGAACUUCUUGGCCAGUCAUGCCCAGAGGAUGAAUCUGGAGGAGUGCAAGUAGACUGGUUCACUGUCUACAAGCGUUGGUACAGUGCAAGUGCCGUCUCAAAGUUCUCUCAUCGCAUUUGCAUGCUGCACUGUUAUUACUCUGAAGUGACAUGCCUGAAGGCAUCAGGAGAUAUAGUUGUGUGUGGCCAUAACAGUGGAUAUGUUGUCGUUUGGAGUGCUCGGGGAGGCUGGCCUGUUUUGACGAUAAAGGCAUCUUUAUAUGCAAUAUCCGAUCUGGCAUUGUUCAACCUUCGCGGUCCUGCUGCGCUAUUCCCUGGCCCAUCCUGCUACAAGCAUGCUCACGUUCUGUGUGUGUCACGUAUUCCACUCCUGAAAGCCUACAGUCUGGAAGGGGGAGGUUGCAGCUCUACGAAUAUGGUCAUGAGAGAUUACCCAAUAGCGUCCAUGAAAAUUUGUGGUGACCUGCUGGCCACUCUGACCUUGGUGCGGUGUGUUGUGUCUGUCAUGCGGCUGACGUUGACAGGAGGCAAGGUCCAGUUUCAACCACUGCUGAGCUCUUUCUUGCAAGAGGGUGUCUGCUCAUGGAUAGGCCUCAAUAAACAUUGCGUGAGUGGGCGGCUGUUCUUGCACGUUGGCAGCAUGCUUUACUGGAAUAAUAAAAAAAGGGUGCUGGCUAAUUGGUUGAUUGAUUUGGUUUAAAAGGUCAUUAAAGAG